AUGACUGAAGGUAGCCGGGGAGCUGUAAAAGAUCAAACUCAACAAGGUUACCCUGUGGUACAGCUUUAUGGACCCGUUCAGACUGCACUACUUCAAGUUUUUGUUGGCACUGACACUGGGAAAGUAAAACCUCAUCCUUUUUAUCAGGCAUGUAAAGUUUCUGGAAAAAAUUCAACACCUUGCACAGAAAGAGACAUUGACAGUACAACUACUAUUGAAAUAGAGUUAAGUUCAACGAAUGAUUUGAUGGCAAGUAUUGACUGUGUAGGAAUUUUGAAACUGAGGAAUGCUGAUGUUGAACAAAGGAUAGGUGUAGCUAAGACGAAAAAACGAAGCACUCGUGCCAGAAUGGUCUUCAGAGUCAUUUUUAAUCGUCCUGAUGGUGUGCAACAAAUUCUCCAAGUGACUUCAUCUCCAAUUGUUUGCACCCAGCCUGUUGGACAGCCUGAAGUGUCUCGGCUAAGUCUGACUGCAUGCUCUGUUAAAGGAGGAAAGGAUUUGUUCAUUAUUGGAAAAAAUUUCAUGAAAGGUACUAAAGUAUUCUUUAGAGAAACCGGUGAAGAGAAUAAGGUGAUAUGGGAAAAAGAAGCUGACAUUGAAAAAGAUUAUUUCCAGCCUACACAUUUGAUCUGUGUAAUUCCGGAAUACUUCAACUUGGAAAUCACCAAGCCCGUAAGCGUGAAUCUGGUGGUUAGCUGCUCUGCCUUCCUACAACCUGCAAAGGAGAGUGCUCCCUGGGUGUCCUUGAUUCCUAAUCCUAGUGGACUGACAAAGUACAUGUUGAAAGCUGCCGCUGGGCAGAACAGCCUGACAGUGAAGCCACUUCCCAAAGUUGAAACACCCAUGGAGAUUGAACCACCUCAGCCACAACCAUUGUCAUUUGGACAAUGUCCAAGUACACUUGAACUUUUACGGCUGUUGCAACAAAAUCCACAAGGUGGUUUCCAAGUACCUUCAGAGGCACUUCCACCUACUUUCUCUUCAGCUAGUACAGUUCCACAAGCUGCUGGUUCUUUCUCUGACCGAGAAACAGCUAGUGAAACAAAGUGUGCAUUUUCUCCAUCGUUCCAUGAGCAGUCACAUCAGUCGGAUUCCCAGUUUGCCUCACAACUGGAAUCUUCAUCCAAUUUCCACUCUCAAACUCCUGUGCAGAACUCCCCAGUCCAGUCACCACCGCAGCUGCAUUCAUCAACACAGUUCCAGUCAUCAUCUAUUUCUCAGCCUCCUGCAGAUCAAGGAUUUCAACAGACAACACAGCUCCAGUCUUCAACUGAUGAUUACCUGUCUACAACCCAGAUUAAUCCUUCCAAUCAAAUGCAUUCUUCUGCAAUGGAAAUGCAUACAAGUGAUGAUUAUGAAACUGCAACAACACAGCAGCAACAACAAUCACCUUCAUCUCAACAAUUAAAUUCCUCAUUGACUGACUUUCAUUCUAUGACACACCAAACUCAACAGAAUCCAUUGCAAUCACUUCAGUGCCAGUCUGAAAAUCAAGCAUUAAGACGGACUCAGUUCCAGGUUGAGUCACAGACGCAACCUUCUGCGCAGGUGCAGUCAUCUCAGUUUUCACAGUUGAUGUCAUCAUUACCAAGUGCAUCAGCUCCACAAAUCAUUAUUGUUGGCAACCCACGGCCUGUUUCUGGACGUAAUAAUGUUUUCAGUUUAGGAGGAAACUCUCAACAGCCAGCCCCAAGUAUUUUUAUUAUCCCCUCAUUAUCUACUAUCAAUGAGAAUUCUGUAUCACAAGACAAUGAUGUACUCUCUCUCCUGGAUUCUCUUUUGAGAGAGAUUUUGUCUGCUUUUUUCUACUUUUUUUUUCUUUCAUUAUUCUUUCUUUUGUUAUUUUUUCUUUUGUUAUUUUUUUUCUUCUGUUACAUUUUCCAAUAUUUUUUCUUCCAUUAUUUUCAUUUUUUUCCUUCCAUUCCUUUCUGUCCUUCUGUUCCUUCUUCCACGAUUUAUUUUUCUUUUUCCUGA